AUGAUUAAAAAAGUGUUUGGAAGCAUUCUUUCGUGCGAUGUUCUCAGCAUGCAGAGCGAAAUAGAUAGACUGGUUCGGAUGGGAAUAAAAGGACUGCACUUGGAUCUUAUGGACGGACACUUUGUGGAGAGAGUGUUUCUGGGAGAAGAUAUAAUAAAUAGAAUUGUUGUGAAAAAUCCUGAUAUGUUUGUAGAAUGCCACCUGAUGGUCAGCAGCCCCUUGAAUUCAAUUAAGCACCUGGAUAUAUCUCGAAUAGAUAGAAUAGUAGUGCAUCAAAGAGAGAAGCUGCCAGAGAUAAGUGAAUACAUAGGCAGCAGCGGAUGCAAAUUAGGACUAGCAGUGGUAAAUGAAAAAGAAAUAGAGGGAAUAAGCAGCACAGAUAAGCUAAAGAUAGAUAAGAUACUAAUUAUGGGAGUGCCUGUGGGAGAAGGCGGGCAAAAGAUGCUUUCAAAAACAAAAGAGAUGAUUGAGUUUGCCACACGCAGGCAUAAGGAUCUGCUAAUAGGCGUAGAUGGUGGGGUUAAUUUAAGCACUCUGGGGGAAGUUCAGCUAGCCGAUGAAAUAGUGCUGGGAUCCUGUUUAUUUAGCGAAAAUGGCGAAGAAACAGCGCGCAAAAUAUUUUCUUAUUUGGGCCUCUAA